GAGGAAUGUGUUUCACAUGAUUAGCUUCUCCAGUUAGCCAGUAGGUGGGUGUGUUUAACAGAAGAAAGCAGUAGGAAGGAGCCUGUCAGCCUGCCUUUCCAGCUAAUUAGCUCAGCAUACAACAAAGAUAAGCGAGCCAGGGAGGAGGACCCCCUGAAGGGUCUUUUAAGUCUGGGCAAUGUCUGAUUGGCAGAUGCUGAAAGAGAUUCCUGACUAAUCCUGUUCAUCAAUGAACUGCAUAAAUUCAGUACAGGACUGCAAAAAUUUAGGCAUGAGGACACUCGGUGGCUGCCGUCUGGAAAAGACAGACCAAGAUGGACAAAACCUUGGAAUCUCUACAACAUAUAAUUUCCCAAGCCCUGCCUCACAGAGACCCUGCACUUGCAUUUAAAGACUUGAAUGUAGUUGCAAUGCUGCAGGAAUUUUGGGAGAGUAAACAGAAACAGAAAGGUGUAUUUUCAAGUGAAAGCACUGUAGUAUAUGAGUCACUGAAUUCGCCUGGACCUCCAUUUGUGAGUUAUGUCACCCUGCCUGGAGGAAGCUGCUUUGGUAACUUUCAGUACUGCUUGAGCAGGGCAGAGGCAAGACGAGAUGCUGCAAAAGUAGCUCUGAUCAAUUCUCUCUUCAAUGAAUUGCCUUCUCGCAGGAUCACAAAGGAGUUCAUUAUGGAAAGUGUUCAAGAAGCUGUUUCUUCAACCAGUGAACUGAUGAUUGUCUUUCAACUACUGCAUUGGAAUGGAAGCCUCAAAGCCCUGCGUGAAACAAAGUGCUCUCGGCAAGAAGUGAUUUCCUACUAUUCCCAGUACAAUUUAGAUGAAAGAAUGAGAAGUCACAUGGCCCUGGACUGGCUGAUGAAGGAGCAAGAAACUCCAGGAAUUAUUUCCCAAGAGCUACAAGUGGCACUCAGAGAGCUGGAAGAAGCAAGGAAAGCUGGACAAGAGCUGCGAUUUUACAAAGAAAAAAAAGAAAUACUGGGUUUAGCGCUGAGUCAGCUCUACAGCGAUCAUGCCAUCACAUCUUCAAAUGAUGAUCAUAUGAGUCUAGCCCUCAGUGGCUUUCGCUAGGCAGCCUAUUGCCGCCAAAUAGAUUUGUAACUCUGAGCAGUAAUGUGG